AUGUUUACUUCAAUAUACUAUGGAAAAAUAAACAAAGACGAAACGGAGAGAUUACUGGAAAAAUAUGGAACCGAAGGGAGCUUUUUAGUUAGAGACAGCGAAACCGUACCAGGAUCUUUUUGUCUCUGUGUUCGAAGAGACACCUUUGUCUAUACCUACCGGAUUAUCCAGACCUCUGGAAAGUGGGCAGUAAAGGCAGAGCCAGCAGUGACGCCUCAGCUCUUUGAGACCUUGGAUAAACUCAUUGACACGUACAGAAGAGCAGUCCCAAGCACCAUGGCUCCCUUGCUUUAUCCCUUGGACAAAACAGCUCUAAACCACAGCAACCAAAACAAAGAGUCUGACUAUCUGGAACUGUGCUAGACUGACAUCUUUGCAACAUAAAUGCUCAAAAGCUCAAAGACAAGCAACCAUGUACUCCCGACUUGGACAGAAUUUAUCUUGCUUAUCAUCCUGGACUGAAGUAUUUAGAUGAAAACUGACAAGAAUGGACUCAAUUUCACAGCAGACAGUUUGUCGUUGCUAAGUGGGUAGUUGUGGCUGUUUACCUCAAGCUAGUUCCACUGUAUAUGGAAACCUUUCUAUUUUUCCCUUUACUUUAAAUAAAAAAUACUUUUUGUAAAAGACCAUUGUAACUGUACUAUUUGUAGAAAGGUGACAGCUAUUUAAAAAAUAACAUCAUAAUAAUAAUAAUCUCAA